UCUCCAUCCGGGUGCUGCGGCGUGGAUAAGAGCCGCACCGCGCUUGCGCGCCCAGCCCCACUGCUUCGACCUCUGCCGCCGCUGUCGCCGCCGCCGCCGCCGCCGCCUCGGGAGAGAGGGAGCGGGAGAGGAGCCCACGUCGCCUGUCACCCACAUCCACGCCGCACCGCCUGGAGGAAAGAUGUUCGCCUGCGCCAAGCUCGCCCGCACCCCCGCUCUGAUCCGAGCUGGAUCCAGAGUUGCAUAUAGACCAAUUUCAGCAGCAGUGUUAUCUCGACCCGAGGCUAGGACUGGAGAGGGCUCUACGGUAUUUAAUGGGGCCCAGAAUGGUGCGUGUCAGCUGAUCCGAAGGGAGUUUCAGACCAGUGUAAUCAGCAGAGACAUUGAUACUGCUGCCAAAUUCAUUGGUGCAGGCGCUGCAACAGUAGGAGUUGCGGGUUCUGGUGCUGGUAUUGGAACAGUCUUUGGCAGCCUUAUCAUUGGUUAUGCCAGAAACCCUUCACUGAAGCAGCAGCUGUUCUCAUAUGCUAUCCUGGGAUUUGCCUUGUCUGAAGCUAUGGGACUCUUUUGUUUGAUGGUUGCUUUCUUGAUCUUGUUUGCCAUGUAACAGAAAUUACUGCCUGAAAUGUUGGCAUUCAUAGUAAUUACGGAUGUAAUUCUGUGUAUCUUACUGUGACCCCAAAAGCUAUAGUGCUGGCGUCAUGGAAAUGUACCGUUUCCAAAGUCAUUUCAUUAAAGAUGAAAACUUUAA